AGAUAACAGCGUUACGUAAGAUGUAUUUAAUUUGAAACUCCUUAUCGUGUUCCAUAUGCAAGCUUUUUACCACUAGCACUACUAGUAUUUUCUCACAGUUUUAAAAUGAAAAAAUAUUUCAUGCUGUUCGUUUUUGUAAUGUUCGGGACGGAUGCUGUGUCGGUUGAAGAACGUCUGGCUGAGUGAGAGCGCGUGGUGAAACUUCAAACUGAGACGAUUGCCAAACAUGAAAACGUUAUUCAGGACCAAAUGGCUAUUAAUGAAAAUGUCAUGAAAGAGAACAAUAAUCUUCAAAUCCGAGUGAAAAUUCUGGAAGCUUAUAUAAGGAAGAUUAAAGCCGAUCCGGACCACAUCGCGGAAACACCGGAUGAUGAUCUGACGAUACCUUCGCUUAGGAAUGGCACAGAUGGAAGACAAAGACUGAAAUUAAAGAGUGAUAACGCAGAGCACAGACUGAAGCAGCACAAUAUUGGCAGCUUUAGCCCUCGUUCAUUCCAAGGAAGCCAAAACAAAAUAGUAAAACGACAAACAACGGACAUCGCAUUCUACGCUUACCUUACUUAUUCGCCUUGCAUCCUGGAGAACGAAAUCGUCAUAUUCAACAAUGAAGGAUUGGACUAUGGAGGCGGAUAUGAAACCUAUGACGGAAUAUACACCGUUCAAGUAGCUGGAACAUACGUAUUUACGUGGACUAUGGCUUCUAGUUUCAAAGAGUGGUUCAUAACAGAGAUUAUUGUGGACGGAGCUACAAGAAGCUGGAUUGUGUCUACUGAUGGUAAUGACCAAGCUACUGGUACAGUAGUUGUCGAUGUUUAUGCAGGCAGCCAUGUCUUUAUUCGAAGGGGACGCGGAUAUGGAUGCACUGUUCAUGACACAUAUACCCGUUCGAGGUUUCAGGAUGGAAAUUGUUUUGAAAUUUCACUGAAGUAACAUAUUUGAAAUAGAGGGCAACGUUUUCAUUUAUUUGAAAAUAAUAC